CCUCACUCACUCAUCCACUACUGUUUCCUCCACCUCUUUCAGAUCAAGGCGAGUUUGGAGCCAUUUCUUGUCUUCACCCUUCUCCUCAUCUUCCUCAUUCUCCUCCUGCUUCUUGUCCUCUUUUUCCUCUGAAUUUUCUUGGCACUUACCUGCCCCGUUGUCUUCUGCUGGGUCUCGGAGCUGCUUGACUUGUUGGAGUUGCAGCUCCAGCCACAAGACAUGUCCUGCUACAACCCGUGCCUGCCCUGCCAGCCCUGUGGCCCAACCCCACUGGCCAACAGCUGCAAUGAGCCCUGUUGCAGGCAGUGCCAGGACUCCAGAGUCUUCAUCCAGCCCUCCCCUGUGGUGGUGACCCUGCCCGGUCCCAUCCUCAGCUCCUUCCCGCAGAACACCGCUGUGGGAUCCUCCACCUCCGCUGCUGUUGGCAGCAUCCUCAGCUCUCAGGGAGUACCCAUCAACUCCGUGGGCUUUGGUCUCUCUGGUUUGGGCAGCGGCAUCUGUGGCACAAGGAGGUGUUUUCCCUGCUAAAGCUGCUCCCUGCACUUGCAUCCACCUUAUUUCUUUUUUUUUUUUAUUAUUUUUUGUUUUGACUCAUUAAAGUUCUUCUGUAUCCUA